CCCAGCAGCAUCUCAGCCGAGCAGCAGCGCAAAAAAUGCACUGAAAUACGCAUCUUAGGACAUUUCCACCCUCUUUCGUUUUGCCAUGAGGGCGUGUGAUGGGAAUAACGGGGAUGUUCGCACCGGAUUACGUCCCUUUAUUUUGAGAGAAAUGCGGAUUGUUUUGUGCUCGAGGUGUUAACGCAGAAAAAAAAUUACUAAAUUAGAAAAAUGAAGAAGCAAUUCAAUCGGAUGCGACAGCUCGCCAACCAGACUGUUGGCAGGGCAGAAAAAACAGAGGUACUGAGUGAAGACCUGCUGCAGGUGGAGAAGCGUUUAGAUCUGGUAAAGCAGGUCUCUCAUAGCACACAUAAGAAGCUGACCGCCUGUCUGCAGGGGCAACAAGGCACUGAUUUAGACAAGAGAUCAGUCAAAUCUCCCUCGAAAAAGUUGCCCCUGACGAUACUUGCUCAAUGUAUGGUGGAGGGAGCGGCUGUGUUAGGAGACGACUCUCUUCUUGGUAAGAUGCUGAAGCUCUGUGGUGAGACAGAGGAGAAGCUGGCCCAAGAGCUGCUCAUCUUUGAGUGUCAGAUUGAAAGAGAUGUUGUGGAGCCCCUAUAUGUGCUGGCUGAGGUGGACAUUCCGAACAUUCAGAAACAGCGAAAACAUUUAGCCAAACUCGUCCUGGACAUGGAUUCUGCGAGGACACGGUGGCAACAGUCAUACAAAUCUUCAAGUCACCCUAGUAAUGUGCAGCAGGGCGGCGCUAAAUCGGAUUCCCUGAGAGAGGAAAUGGAGGAGACGGCCAAUCGGAUGGAGAUCUGCAGGGACCAGUUAUCAGCGGACAUGUACAACUUUGUGGCCAAAGAAAUAGACUAUGCAAACUACUUUCAAACGCUCAUAGAGGUUCAGGCAGAGUAUCACAGGAAGUCUUUGGAGAUUCUGCAGAGUGUGCUGCCACAGAUCAAAGCUCACCAGGAGGCCUGGAUAGAGAAGCCAUCGUAUGGAAAGGCCCUAGAGGAACAUCUAGCCAUCAGUGGCAGGGAGAUUGCGUUUCCUAUCGAGGCGUGUGUCACCAUGCUGCUCGAAUGUGGCAUGCAGGAAGAGGGUUUAUUUCGGGUGGCCCCCUCGGCCUCCAAGCUGAAGAAACUGAAGGCAUCACUGGACUGCGGGGUCAUGGAUGUGCAGGAGUACUCGGCCGACCCACAUGCCAUCGCAGGAGCUUUGAAGUCUUAUCUUCGUGAACUUCCUGAACCUCUAAUGACCUUUGAACUCUAUGAUGAAUGGAUUCAAGCUUCAAAUAUUCAAGAUAUGGAUAAAAGACUGCAAUCCCUUUUGUGUACAUGUGAGAAACUACCAGCGGACAAUCUGAACAACCUCAGAUAUUUAAUCAAAUUCUUAGCCAAACUCACGGAGCAUCAAGACUCUAAUAAAAUGACACCAGGUAAUAUUGCAAUAGUUCUUGGACCCAACCUGCUAUGGACACAUUCAGAAGGGAACAUGACGGAAAUGAUGACCACCAUGUCCCUGCAAAUCGUCGGCAUCAUUGAGCCGAUCAUCCAGCACGCUGACUGGUUCUUCCCUGGAGAUAUUGAGUUCAACCUGACAGGCAGCUAUGGCAGCCCGGUCCACACCAACCACAACUCCAACUACAGCUCCAUGCCCUCGCCUGAUAUGGACCAAUCAGAGCGCAAGCAGCAGCAUGACCAGAGCCGACGCCCACUCAGUGUUGCCACCGACAACAUGAUGCUGGAAUUCUACAAGAAGGAUGGCAUUAGGAAAAUUCAAAGUGUGGGUGUCAGAGUCAUGGACACAUCGUGGGUGAAGGGCAAAAGUUCCUCUACACUGACCCGCAAAUCCUCAUCCACGCCUCCCAGCGCACAAGCGCCCGGCUCUCCUGCGGACACCCUGAUCACCGAGCAGCCCGGUGAGCUGGCCACAUCUCCAAUCCCCACUCCCCCUCCUGGAGACAGGGGCAGCUCAGACGACGUGUCGCCCAAUCGGCCGGAUUCCUCACAUGUCUAUUCGUCCCACGUGGAGGAGCGGCCACCCCCUCCGUACCCUUCCUCGUCCUCCCAUCCCGGCCCUCACCACUUCUACCCCAAGCCCCCUCCCUGCUCUCGACCCGUCGCCCCCGGUCCCGAGUCCCAGCCUCCCAGCUCCCCGCCUCAGCCCCUGCGCUGGGCAGGCUUCACCCCACCCCUUCCCCUACCCCUACCACCCCCGUCUUCUUCAUCCACCUCCUCUUCACUCGAUAUCAAUUCUAAUCCCAAGCCUAGCUGCCUGCACUUUCCCAAACACGUCCCCGUGUGUGACGCGCCGCAUGCCGCUCCGCCUGACCCCAAUGCCUCGCCCCCCUACUUUAAAACCCCUCUCGUGCUGACCCGCCACGACUUGUCCCUCGGAAACCCCCCUAGCCUCCCCUCCUCCGCCCCACCGCCCUGGGCCGCCUGUCCAUGUUCCCGCGAGAGAGGACCCCCCAGGCUGACUAGCACUCUGAAGAGCAAGGAGCUCUCUCCUGUGAUUGGCCACAAGGCUAUGCAGGCGUCAGGAGCAACAGUGCCCCCUGUCAGCGGUCAGCAGAGCAACAGCCAGUCUCCCCACUCUGCCGAGCACAGCCCCCACACCUUACGUAAUGCAUCUAAGAAACUGGCCCCCGUGCCGCCCAAGGUUCCCUACGGCCAGUCGGGGGGGAUGUCAGACCAAUCCACAGGUCAGCCGUCUCCGGUCAGCCUGUCCCCCACUCCCCCAAGUACUCCCUCCCCAUACGGUUUGGGCUGUCCCCCUGGACACGCACCCACCUCUUCCCCUGGCCAGACCCCAUUAGGGGGACCCCAUACGUUGUCCUCACUGCCCUCUCUGACUGGUACGCUCACAAAGUCCCGACCCACCCCAAAGCCCAGACAGAGACCCAGUCUACCCCCUCCCCAGCCACCCACCGUCCCCCCUACGGCCCCCCAGCCCCUGGAUCAGGGUCUACUUGACGGAUUGUCCCCCGGGGAGAGCAUGUCCACAGCAGAUUUCUUCAGUUUGGAAAUUCCCUCCAUCAACGUCAAUCUGGACAGCCUGUUGGAUGAGUUCAGGGUGGUCCCAUGUCGGAGCUCCUUUGCUGUGAUCAGCUCUCCGGAGGGGGAGUCCGUGUCCGAGGAGGAGGGCCAAAGCACCACGCUUUGACCCCUGAGCCCACCCAGCAGCAGAACCUGUCCACUCCUGCUGAGACCCAGCUGGAACCCCACCUUGGCCAAACCCUCAGUCACGGAUACUACACGGAUACUACAUGAAAGACUCAAUAAGACGCCAACCACACAACAGGUGCCAUAAAAAAAAGCAACAGAAUGGAUUUCGUUCAAAUUGCCACUGGAGGAACCUGGAGUUUUGUGUUCCGAUUCCUGAUUCUCUCUGAACGAUUCUGUCUGUUUGUUGUCGUGUUGUUGGUUUUGUUUGAUUGGAUGUUUUUAUUUCUGCCUUAUCAGAGCUGCAAUUACAAUACAAUGUACAUAGGGAGCGGUCUGCUGACUGUAAAGGAACCUCAUACACUUGCUGGAGGCUUUGAACUGAGACGCACCCUCAUGGUAUAUGCUCUGUUACAUUAGUGUUUACAUACUAUAUAUACCAAGAGUAGGCCGUCUUUGUUUUCCCUACAAGGUCCAUGCUAUGCUCUUUAUAGAUGACUUGGUGGCAUAUAGCAUGUUUAAGUCUAAUUUUGAAAUGCUGAGGUCUUUCUUUCUUUCUUUUCUACUCAGUCUCUCUAAACCUACACUAAUCACUGCUUUAGCAAUCCAAUUCAGUUGACCUUUUGCUAAGUCCCGCCUUAAAGUGCUACUGACCAAUCUGGCCUUAGCAACUGUUGCUGCCCAUUAUAUUAUCAGACAAGUGCUCGUUUCUAAAGUAGAUCUAUGGACAGACUGUGUGUUUAACUAAUUUUAUAAAAUUACAUUUAAAACCAUCAUAACAGUAGAGCAUUGCGCUAGCGAUGCCAAAGUCAUGGGUUCGAUUCCCAGGGAGCUCAGAAACGGAUAAAAUGAAAAUAUGUACCUUCCCAGCAGGCACAUAUUUGGUUAAUUUUUGGCUGCAAUGUCAAUUCGACAUCUAAUAUCAAUGUUAAUUUGAUGUCCAAUACUAACGUCAUAAGAUGUUGAUAUUUGUUGUUUAAGGUUGUGUAACCAAAAUCCAAUCUGAUGUUAUAUUGAUGACCUGUGUAUACUGGGCUAAAUACAAGUUGCUUUGGAUAAAAGAAAAUAAAUAAAUAAAUAAAAUAGAUAGAUAAAAUUCAUAAAUAUGACCCUGGACUACAAAGCCAAUCUAAGUGUAAAUUUUUUGAAAUUGAGAUUCAUAUAUCACAUAAAACCAUAUAUAAAUACGCUAAAUAAAUAAGCUUUCAAUUGAUUUAUGGUUUGUUAGGAUAGGACAAUAUUUUAUACGUUUUUAUAUAUUUACAGUAGGAAAUUUAUUAAAUAUCUUCAUUGAACAUGAUCUUUAAUCAAUAUCCUAAUAAUUUUUGGCAUAAAAGAAAACUUUGAUAAUUUUGAUGUUUUUAUGUGCUCCAGGUUCACAAAUAUAAAAGUAAAUAUUGCCUCACACAAGAGAGAUCAAAUUUUCCCCACUUUUCCAAAUCUUAGAAAUUGGGAAUUGCAUGAGGUGAACGGAAUAAUGUGUCCUGAAGAUAUAAUGUCCUGCGGUGGAUUCAGUCAAGUUUGUCUGAGUCAGCAACAGAAACUGAGGGGGCGGAGCUUAGCAGGGAGUCAAUUAAUUCAGAACUUUCUGAAAUGCACAUAAUACAGUAACACAGUGACAACUGCUGCAGUAAAGUGCAUUUUCUUAAAGAGCCAAUACAAUAUAAUGGAAGCAAAGUGGGAAAUCCAGGGUUCCCACAGUCAUGGAAACUAUCAGGGUAUUUUAAUAGCGUCGUGGAAUUUUUUUUUAACUCCCUCUAAAAAUCAUGGCAUUUUUAAUAGUCUGUAUAUAGAUAUUUUCUGUUCUGAAGUGUUUCUUUUUUUGUGUGUGUGUGAGAGUUUGCGAUGUCUAUAAUGAUAAUGAUGUUUCAAAAUCCUUAUCCUCGAAUUCUAUUCAUGGAAAUUCAUCGGUCAGAGAGUGUGGGAACCCUGGAAAUCUCAAUUCCAAGCCCUUUACCUGCAAAACAGAAACAGUGCUUGUGCUAAAAUAGAUCACUGCAAACACUUUCCUGCAAAUGUUUCAUAAAAUACUUUUGGCAGCCACUACUGAGAUCGGUUCCAAUGCACUGCCUUGCAUUUUCCAUUGUCUUUCCGCACUCAUAUGCCCUCCAAAGUGCUUCAAAUGCAGUGCCACACUUUCCCUUCUGUAUAUACCAAUACUGUAUAUAAAGAUGUGUAGAUAAGUGUCAACGAGAGGACAAAUGUAAAGGCAAAUAUGAAUUAUAUAUUCAUAAAUGUGACAUGCCAUAUUUAUCUUGUAUAGAAAUAAUGUUCUAAGUAUUAUUUUGUCCCUGAACACUUUUUUGUCAGGUUCACAUCGCAAGUGAGUUUUUUGCACUUUUGUAAGCCAUGAACUAGAUGUAGAAAUAUGAAUGCAGACGUGGCAGAAGUUUAGCUAGAGUUACUCCCGAGAGAGAUUUUAUCUCUAAACCGACCUCAUCAAUAACAGCCUUAAUCAACUGUAAAGCUACUUUACUAUUAUUAGAAAAUAUAUAUGACAUCGACAGAUUACAGGAAUCGUAUAACAUCGGUUGGUUCAGUUAUACUAUUGUAUAAAAACUGGUCGAUUUUAUCAAUGAAAAAUGCAAUGGCCCUAAAAAGUCAUGGAAUGCGUGGAAUCGGCAAAACAAUGAUAUUAGAUCUUCUCUAACUAACCAACUAGCAAUUUCGUCUAAUUACAAGUUGUUAUCGCUCAUCAUUCCUCACAUUAACUGUAUGUCUACAUACUGUACUUUUUAGGGCCAGUGUAUAGCAUAUCUCGCCAUAAAAUCAAUGGAAAAAUACAGAUUUUAUAACUUGGCAGGAUCAUUUCGAAAUGUAAUCUCAAAGAUAUCAGGCCCUAAAGAUCCUUCAAAGUCUCUUAGCUUUUCCCCAGACUCGUAAUCUGAUGCCACACUGAGAUGGCACAUUUGUUUCAUGGGUAUACAACACUACGAGACUAAAUGGAUGCUGCAAUUUCUCUUGUCUGAACUUAUAAAAAAAGUGCAGGAUUUUAUUAAGGUCAAAGAAACAUUAGCUCACUUCUGUCCCGUGGAAGGAAUGGGCACAACAAACCGUCUCCGUUCCCAUAUGAAGGACUACUUCCAACGAUGGAUAGCCAUGGCUUGUAUUUCUCUCUUUGAAUAAGCAUUAGUGUGCGUCAGGGACAAAAGGACUUUUUUUUUUUUUUUUGCUGAAAUCUGUGAUAUGCCUCAGUGUGUGUUCUUGAUGAAAUAUAGUCUAAUGAUUAUUGGUGACUGAGUUAUAGUUGUAGUGAUUACACAAUGAUAAUUGCAAGUGCCCUCACAUUCAGUAUUUAUAACCUGAAGCUAACGGCGAGUUUCGUGCGUACGUGAGGUUCUGUCUGUGCCGUUUCCCGCGGUGUUCUGUGAGGAGGCAGUCGUGUCUGUUCGGGUGUGCUGACUGAAUGUGGUUUCGCCUUUACUUGGAAGUGCACUAAAGUAAAGGCCUAAUAGCAGCUGCAAUAGACGCAUGGUUUAUUUUCGUUAUGCUCAUCUCAUAAUGAAUGCUUAUGUUGUUGUUAAUGAAGACGUGGAAGGGUUUUAUACAGUAUGCACAUAAAUUCUCAUUCCGGUUCAAUACUGCAUCUGUUAUCACACACUUUUCUAAGCUGAAAAGGCACAGGUUUAUUGUGAUUCACGUCUUAAUUUACACGUUACAACAUUUAACGUUUAUAUCCAGUAGGUUAAAAAAAUUGUUCAAAACAGAAUGGAUGGAACUUUUUAAAACUGAUGAAUUGUACAUACGUAAUUUUAACUGAUCAUUUGACCUCUGCACAGGUCACAUUUCACCCCAAAAUCAGAAGAAACAAUUAAGAAAUUAUAGUUAAUUUAAAGAACAAGAAGCUUUCAAUGAAUAAAUCAAAGGAUUUUAAUAUGAAAAAAAUGGUGGAGUAUCCCUUUAAGCACAAUAGCAUUCUCAAAUGUCAUUAAUACAAUUUAAGAAAUUCAGUAAUAUAUUUAAAUUUUGCUUGUACUAUCAUAAUAGGACAGAGCCCCGCACAUGGCAUGCAGUAAAAAAAAAAAGUUUAAAUUGUGUGCACAAUUUAAUAUUUUGUUUCCCUCAAUUUAUAAAUGUGCACGCAUUUUACCAAUUUAUUCCCUUUAUUUGCUAAAUCGUGCACACAAUUUAUAAAAUGAGAGAACGAAUUAGUAAAUUGUGCGCACAAUUAGCAAAUCAAGGGAACAAAAUAGUAAUCGUGCACGUUUUAGUACAUCGAGGGUACGAAUUAGUAAAUCGUGAUCACAAUUAAUUUUUUUCUUGCAUGUCAUGUAUGUCUAGGGCUCCAUAUAAUAGUAUGUGUUGUAUGUUUAAAAUAAUAAUAAGAAUAUUUGUAUAACAGUAAUUUUUUAUCUAAUGCCAAAAUGCAAAAAGAAAGAAAAAACUAAAACAAAUCUUGAUAUCAUAAAUAUUGUAAUUUUUAUUUGACAUGAUUUAUUUCUUUAGAUUUUGGAGGGAAAUGCCUUGACCUGGACCUGUUGUUGUGAUGCUUUUCAUUGAAUUUUAUGCACUGAAAUCAUGGGAAAUCAGUACAGAUAUGUAAGCAUAUCAUACAAGUCAAAAUUUAUUAGACCAACAUGUAAAGGGCAGAAAUCUGCAAAGAUAUCAGCAGGCACACAUCCCAUACUAAUGAGUCAAACAGAUCUGAUUUUGACACUUCUUUUAUUACUUGCUUUAAUCAAGAAAAUGAUGCAAUGAUAGUACAAAUGUUCUUUUCAAAAUGGGAUUUAAAGCGGUCCUCUGAUGCACCUAUAACAAGGACACAAUUUAUACUGAUACGUUUAUUUCUUAAUUUAGCUGAUGUUUUCAACAUGAAAUGUUAUGUUCAAAAAGAACUAAUGAUACAAAGAAGACAAAAAGUUACAACAGUGACAAACUCAACUUUUCUCAAUCAUCUGUUUUGAACAUUUAGGUAUAUUGUAUCUCCCAUUUACAUUAACCUGUGAAAACCAGCAAUUUGGAGUGACAGAGCAUGCAUUUAAUUAUUCCCUUUAGAUAAUCACAUGUGGGUUCAUUAAAACAAUCCCAGAUAAUACAGGGAGUACACGAUGUAACAGGGAUGUGUGAACAGGUGAUUUAAAGGUGAUAAGUUGAUCAGUGCACAUUGUCUAACGAUGUACAGCCCUCUUCCCCCCCUGCUUACCGAACUAAUGUACAAAUCUGCCUGUAAAUCACCCUCCUCAGCUUUAGCAUAUCAGUGGAAGAACACAGUCUGUACUGUGAAGCCUGCCGCAGUCCUUAUCAGAAUGUCAGAAAUACAUAGAUAUAUAUUAAACUCUACAUUUGUAAUA